AUGGAUGACAACAGGAUACUUUGGAUAAAACAGCUUGUAUAUCACAGUUUCAAUUUAAAGUCAGAUAAAAUAUUCUGCGAUUUUCUGACUCGAGAGGAUGAAAUUAAUCGUUAUCAUCUAGAACACUUCUUGAAUGGUACCCCAGAAACUUCAGUGACAUCGAUCCAGUUUACCAUUAAAACCACUCAAGAAACAAUAUUUGAAGAAAUUAAAAUCUCUUCGGAAAGCAAAGAUGAUUGGACUGGUUCCAGAGACAUACCAAAUCAUUCACAACCUGAUGUUUCAGACAAUCACAAACCAAAUCCAAUCGAUGGUCACGAAAGCGAUAUUGUUCGACCAGAAUCCAAUCUGCCUAUGCCGAAUGACUGCCUGACAUCAACUCAAACUAAACUCAUUCCUAGAGAAAUUAUAAGCACACAUUUGGAUGCCACGUAUGGCAAAUGCUGCUUCAAAGAUCCACAUGUUCAAUAUCUAUGCCUUUUGCGUGUUAAAGAUGGCUUCAUUGAAACUUUUGGUACGAUUGAGGAGGCUUUUAAGGUUAUGCCUUCAUAUUUUGAAGUCUUAUUUGUUUCGGGAAAUUGGUUAUACCAGCUGCGCUCAAUUUUGACCAAUGUUUAUCUCAACUCCCUACCUAUGAUUAGAAAAAGCUCACCUAGUAAUAAACUAAAACGAACAGCUGUUUACCGAAAUGAUGAAUUUUCUUUGAAAUACCACAAGUUCUUGCAGGUUGUUUCUGAAUCCAGUGAGCUUUUGAAUUCCACUACCGACUUUACAAUCCCUACAAUUGACCUUGAUGGCGAUGAACAUACCCUUCUUCAAAAUGAAAGUGUCACGAGUGUAAUUGAAGCAACUGUUAUUAAAUGGGGUUAUAAAAUGCGGGAAAUUAUUGAAGAAUUGAAUACUCGUUCAACUCAAGGUGAGGGUCCGCUUGCAGUAGUUGAAUAUUGGCGAGGUCGGGCCACCUCACUAUCCCGCUUGGUUGAGCAAGUAGAGCAACCACAUAUCAAUCGCGUUCUGAAUCUUUACGCGCUAAAGGAAAGAAUUCCACCACAGUCGGUGUUUGAAAUGCUGCAUCGUUGUCAUUCUGAGGCUACUGAUAAUAUCAAGUUACUCGCACUUGCAGAAAGAUACUUCAAGAUUAUAACCUACUGCACAGAAAUCGAUGACAUCAUCGAAUCACUAUGUCCACUAAUGCAGGCUUUACAAAUGAUAUGGAUAAUUUCACCCUACUUCAACAAAGAAGACAGAAUGACUGUCAUUUUCGAACGAAUUGCCUGGUGCCUAUGCAGUCGUGUCUCACGUAUGCUGACUCCAUCGGAGUUAUUUAAUUUAUCACUACAAAAGAUUGAAGUUCGAAUUAAAUGUGGAAGGAAAUUGUUGGAAAGUUGGAAAUCCACUUACAUGACCCGAAGGGCAGACAUUGAGGCUUCUGGUCGUGAGUACCGUUGGGAGUUUGAUAAAAAACGUUUGUUUGCCAAGAGCGACUACAUGGUUGGUGUUUGCAGUGAUAUGGAAGAGGUAGUUAAUAUCGUAAAGGAGUACAAAACUAUGUUUGGUCCUGAAAUUAAAAGUGUGUUUUCGGAACAAAAGCACUUUGACUUGCUAAUGGAGAAUGUUCUGAGACUUCUGGAGGCAUUCAAAUCGCUGCAAUUUGAUCCACUUUUAAUUGAAAACAAAUCAAAAUGGCGCAGUCAGAUGAGACAGUUUCAGAUGGAAGUAAUGGCACUUGAUACGGAUGCUAAGAGUUGUUUGGAGGAUUCCUUUCGCACCUUGCACUCGUCUGACAAAGCUUUUCAAGUGUUACAGCGCCUUUUGGAGAGCCAUCCACGCAAGGACAUCGCCCGACUUUUCGAGGAGCGCUACACCGACAUUCUCGAUCGAUACGACAAAGAGGUGCGUCUAAUCGAGACCACCUUCACCGAGGGUUCGUCAGACUCCGGCCACUUUGCCGCUGUUUUGGGUCCUCGCUAUUUACCUCCUGUCGCUUCAUCCAUUUGCUGGGUUCGAAACCUUCAAGCUCGCAUCACCUCGCCGAUGUUGAAGAUGGUAAACAUUAGGCGUCUCAUGGAAAGUGACAGGGGGCAAGAGGUGCAGAACCACUAUCUCUGUCUCGUUCAACGCAUGACUAAAUUUGAGGAGGACCUCUUCGUUAGAUGGCGACAGCAAGUGCAUGACAGUUUGGGGCGUCUUAUGGAGAGAAAUCUCUGGAAGUACACUGAGAGUUCAAAACCCACCUCCGUUUCUAAGAGUGGUCAUUCAGGGAGAUUGGACGCACCAUUGUCGAAACGGGGACCGGCAUUUGGUCGAGAGCUUCCAAAGCAAAGCCAAUCCCUGUACAAAUUCAAUUUCGAAGUGGAUUUCGGUGAUGAAUUGGUACAAAUAAUUGAGGAAACAAAGUCACUUCAAAUGCUUGGUUUCCCGGUUCCUGACAUGGCCUGCUGCAUCGCCUUGAGAGAAAAGGAACUCCUCCGCAAACGAAACGAUCUAAGUGAUUUGGCCGAGUUGGUGCGCACCACUCUGGGUCGACUCUCCACAGUAGAGCUGGUCACACUAGAGGAUCACAUCAUGAAACUGCAAGCUGCUUUGGCUCCAGCCUGGAAGCAGUUAAACUGGACUAGCCUCAUCAUUGACCGCUAUCUAGUUAAGGCCAAAGAGGCCUUUGAUCACUUCUGCGGCGUGCUUCGUGUUGUGGAUAAGACGAAGGCAAAAAUGGAGGCCAACUUAAAUGACAUAGCAAAGGCGUCGCUGUUCCGCACUUGUUCUUCGAAAUUAACCGAGCCGAGCUCUUUGAAGGUUUACCUUCAACAGACGACUGAUGCAAGGAUGAGAGACUUUGAGGAUCUUGCAAGGAAGCAUACUGAGAUAAGCACCCUUCUUUUAAAUUUGGAAAAAGUUAUAACUGGCAAGGCAGCAACCGGAAAGGAGCUGAAGAUGUUGUACUUCUACGAGUACUGGGAGCGACGCUGCUUCGACACCGUUCAUCAGAUGGUGAUUGGCAAUCUAAGAAGAUUUCUCGAAUCCUUACAAAUUCCGUCCAAACCACUGUUUGGAGUGAAUUUAAUGCUUUCUGGGUCCGAGGUUGUGAGUACACCACAGCCCGCGGAAUUUUAUCAACAUCUAAUUCAGGAUGUGUGCGAUGCAAUCAAGAACACGCAAGUGUUUAUUCGCUGGAAGCCAGGCUCUUGUCUUCCCAGCCAAGGCAUUAAAUUGCCCGAGCAGGAGGACAUCUUCCUGUUUUCCUUUCACCAGGAUCUUGUCAAGUCAGUAGUGGUGAAGGAACUCUUUCAGCAAAUCAACUGUCUAAUUUUUCGUGCUGCUGAAGAGCUCAAACGCCACCAGGAGAAGUAUCGCCAACACAGGCAUCUAUUCGCCACUCACAAGAAUUCAAGCGUGGAGAAGUGGAGGAGGUGCAACCCCUCAGUAACGGACAUUGAUCAGCGCAUCAAUGAGGUGACUGACCAGUUGAACGACCUGCUUGAAAGCAUGGUGGAUACGCAGAUCGGGUUCUUUACACUUCGUACAGGUCUCCUUGUUCAAGGUAUCCAAAUGCAUGCCAAGAAGUGGGUUGUCACCUAUGGUGAGCUCUUUCGUGAACAUGUCCAAGCCGUCAGCCGACAGCUUCGCGAUAGCAUCCACGCCUUCCUACCACGCCUUCAAGUUAAGCCCUCUGAAAGAAGCCGUCUAAAACCCCUUCUGUCGACCAUUCGAGACAUCAAUGACGUUCGGGCAGAGAGCGAGGAACAGCUAGCCUGUAUUGCUGAAUGCCAUCGUCUACUGCGGCUACACAAUCUGGAAGUUACCGCUGAUGAGAUGAAUGACUUCAAAAGUUUGCGUCGGGCCUGGCUUGGGCUGCUAAAACAGGCACGGGCCACUGAGAGGAGUCUCAACAGGCCACGCAAGUUGUUCAAGUACACCACAAAAGUUGAGGCAAAGCAUUUUUCCAAGGAGAUUGAAGAAUUUAUGCAGAGGUUCAAGACCUCGGGACCAGCAGCGGUCGAGGGUGAUCUUGAUCGGGGAUUAAAGCUUAUGAAGGAGUACAACGAGGAGCUGCAGGGCUUGGCUGCAACCUACAACAAACUUCUCUCAGCAGAGAGGCUGUUUGACCUCCCAGUUACAUACUCUGAGGGAUUAGACAGUGUUCAGCAACAAAUAGACUCUCUAGCUAGGAUCUACACGAUUUACGUUGAUCAUAAAAGCUUGCAGGAGGAAUGGUCGAAGGUAUUGUGGCGCGAUGCGCAUUUCUCUAUUCUGCAAAACGAAGUAGAACGUCUGCAACAGACCUUUCAAAAACUGCCCAAGCAGAUCCGCCAUAUGGACGUCGGCAGGGUGCUUGAAACGCGAUUGUCUGAAUUUGUCUGUUCCGUAACCCUGCUCAAGGACCUCAAGCAUGAGGCAUUGCGGCAAAGACACUGGUCAAUGCUAAUGGAGAAGACCAAGCAUGAAUUCGCUUUGAAUCCAGAUAAAUUCACCCUUGGAAAUAUUUUUGACAUGCACCUCGACCAGUUUCGCAGCGAAAUUGAUGAGGUUCUAAGCGCUGCACUCAAGGAAUUCUCCAUCGAAAAGGAUUUUUCGGCUCUCAAAGACACCUGGAAUGGUCUCCAACUGGAGGUGAAAGAUUACAUCCCAGAGAAAAUGAAAAGAGGCCUCAUAUUUGGUGGACUGGAGGAGGUAAUUCAGACUCUGGAUGACAGUAGCCUCAGUCUGCAGUCGAUGAGUGGCAGUCGGUUUGCUACACCCUUUCUGGAGGAGAUUCGAGGACUGGAGAAAGAUCUAACACUAGCAAGCGAGGUAUUGGAGAUUUGGGUCUUGGUCCAACGCAAAUGGCUCCACCUGGAAACUCUUUUUGCAGGUAGCGAUAUACACACGCGCAUCCCCAAAGAGGCUGAGAAGUUUGAUAAACUCAACUUAAUUUUCAAAAAGACUGUUGAAGAAGCUACAAGGAAUUCUUACGUGCGCAAUUGGUGCCUUAAGUCAGGGCGAGUGGAGGAGCUGCAGUCAAUCAUUGCCGGCUUUGAGAUAUGCCAAAAGUCACUGACUACUUACCUCAAAACAAAACGCAACGUCUUUCCACGAUUCUUUUUUAUCUCUGACGACGAGCUGCUGAUGAUACUUGGCGCAAGUGAAGGCGACUGCGCUCAGGAACACAUAAUCAAGAUGUUCGACAACAUAAUAUGCCUGGAGCUCACUAGAACUGAUCAAGGUGUCUUACUGGCCAUGGGAAUGCGGUCCACCGAAGGAGAAGUGAUGAAAUUUAAGCAGCCCAUAGAAUGUACAGGUCGAAUUGAAGAGUGGAUGACGGAGAUAGAGAUAGAGAUGAAAAGAAGCAAUCGAAUGAUCACAAAAGGGGCUAUUUACCGGUACUGUGAGGCAUCAACAAGAGUUGAAUGGGCACUGCGUUACCAGGGCAUGGUAGUAUUGGCAGCUAGUCAGGUGUGGUGGACCUGGAAAGUGGAGGACGCCUUCCGACAUCUGGGCACCAAAAACGACAAGGCGGCCAUGAAGGACCUUGCCAGGCAACAGCGCAGCCAAUUAGAAGAGAUUGUCAGUUGUGUUCGUGGAGAUCUGUCGCCCAACGAUCGCACUAAACUCACCACCCUCCUAAUCAUCGACGUGCAUUCGAGGGAUGUUGUUGAUUGUUUCAUCCGAGACAGUAUUGUUGAGGCAAAAGAUUUUGGGUGGCAAUCACAGCUUCGUUUCUACUGGUGCCGAAGCAGUGACAAUUUAACCAUCCACCAGUGCAACGCCACCUUUGACUACGGUUACGAGUACAUGGGUCUCAACGGUCGCCUAGUAAUUACUCCACUGACAGACCGCAUUUACCUCACCCUCACUCAGGCCCUCUGCAUGCAUUUGGGCGCUUGUGCUGCCGGUCCCGCGGGCACUGGCAAAACGGAAACUGUGAAGGAUCUGGCAAAGGCCCUAGCUAUCCUUUGCCUUGUGACUAAUUGCGGUGAUGCCAUGGACUAUCGAUCAGUGGGCCGGAUCUUCUCUGGCCUCUGUCAGACCGGUGCAUGGGGUUGUUUUGACGAAUUUAACCGCAUCGAAGUAAGCGUGCUCUCGGUUAUCUCCGCUCAGCUUCGUCUCAUCCAAACCGCCCACCUUCAAGCCGCACGCAAAUUUGUUUUUGAAAGUGAGGAGAUUGCCUUUAAUAGUCAGGUCGGUGUCUUCAUCACCAUGAAUCCGGGCUAUAUGGGUCGCACAGAGUUGCCAGAAUCAUUAAAGGUGCAAUUCCGACAGAUUAUGGUGGCUGUUCCCCAUCGGAAGUUGAUUUGCGAGGUGAUGCUCUUCGCUCAGGGUUUCUCAAGUGCUCGCAUACUGGCGACAAAGAUAAAUACCCUGUACCAUCUGGCAGACCGGCAACUGUCGCGGCAGCACCAUUACGAUUUCAGUAUGCGUACGCUGAAGGCAGUACUGCAAUUGGCCGGAGAGCUAAGAAGAAGGAAGAUGAAUUUUGACGAAGCAACGGUGAUUAUUCGGGCGCUUCGGGAGGUAAAUCUACCAAGGCUGCUUCAUGAGGAUGCUUAUCUUUUUCUUGACCUCAUCGGUGACCUGUUCCCGGGGUUAUCAUGUCCAAAAUCGGAGGAUCAGGAGCUUACUGAAGCUGUCGAGGGUUGGUUGACCAGCGAGCGCUUCGUCUUAUUAGCAAAACAGGUAGAGAAGGUGGUGCAGUUGCAUGAUACAAUGAAAACACGUCACGCCACAAUGGUGGUGGGUCCAACUUGUGGAGGCAAAAGCGUUGUAAUUAGAGCACUUUGUGGCGCACAAACCAGACUUGGCAUCGCGACGAAUCUGAUAACUCUGAACCCGAAGGACAGAAACAUAGCAGAGCUUUAUGGUGUGCUUGAUUUGAAUACACGGGACUGGACAGAUGGUUUGCUCUCAAGGAUCUUUCGUGAUGCCAACAAACCGUCGCACAAGAAGAUAAAUAAUAUCAUUCUCUUUGACGGCGACGUUGAUUCCCUUUGGGUAGAGAACAUGAACUCCGUGAUGGACGACAACCGAGUUCUCACCCUCCCGAACGGCGAACGUAUUCGACUUGAACCCACUUGCUGCCUCCUUUUUGAGGUUGGCGAUUUGGAAUACGCCUCUCCAGCUACCGUCUCCCGUUGCGGUAUGGUCUUUGUCGACCCACACGAUCUCGACUACUCAGCUUUAUGGCAACGCUGGAAAUUGAGUCAUAAGGAAUUGGAUACCUUUUACAUCCAGAUUCUAGAUAAUCUCUUCACGAAGUAUAUUCCUCGUCUCAUGGCCUUGAAUCUCAACACUGUCAUUCCUCUCACCUCCGUUAGUCUUAUUAUUCAGUUGUGUCAUCUGCUCGAAAGUCUACUAAUCGGUGUAUUGGAAGCCUCUGCAGAUUGUCUGGAAGCCCUUCUCUUACAAGCAUUAACAUUCUCCUUUGGCUCGUGUCUCUUGAGAGACUCUGAUCGGGCAGCUUUUGACGAGAAGGUGAAGGAGAUAUCUGCUCUCCCGAAACUAGAACAAGGCGAGUUUGGAAGUAGUGUUCCCGCAGGCUUCCUCCCUGACACACUUCCACGUCUGGAAGACUACUUUUUCGAUGCACAAAACAAUGCUUGGGUGCCGUGGAGUUCAAGAGUGCCACACUACCGGCAUGACCCCGCGCAGUACUUUACUGACAUUGUUGUGCCGACACGUGAAACUGUGGUGAUGCAGUGGGUGCUGGAGACACAUGCGAAGGUGAAUAGACCGAUACUAUUAAUCGGGGAAACAGGAACCUUUAAGACAGCUUCAGUGAAUCAGUUCCUAGCUGAACAGAUCAAUAUUACCCACCAAAUCCUUCGAGUCACCUUCUCCGCCCGCACCACUGCCCUCGAUUUGUACAACGACCUUGAUGCUAAUCUAGAAAAGCGCAACAAGGGCCUCUACGGCCCCAGAGCGGGCAAACGUCUACUGCUCUUCAUCGACGACCUACACAUGUCUGAGGCCGAUCCAUAUGGUACCCAACAACCCGUAGCCCUCCUGAAGCUCCUUCUCACCAAUCACGGUUUCUUCGAUCGCUCCAGCAGUGAUUUUAAAUGGCGUCGAGUCCUCGAUACCUCUUAUCUAGCCGCAAUGACAACGCCUUGUGAGGGCCGAGUUUGUGUUGAUCCCCGCUGUCUCUCCCUCUUCUCGCUCUUCCAUGCUACUCCUCCUAGGGACACAACUUUAGGCCAAAUAUUCUCAUCUAUCUUCUCGGGGCACUUACAGACCGGUUCCCUGGAAGCGGUUGUUCAGGCAGUACCGGCCAUCACGCAGGCCACUCUUAAUGUCUACACGUGUUCAUCCCUUCCGCAAGUGGCUCGCCUGUGGCGACACGAGCUAUUUAGAGUUUUUGUUGACCGGUUGUCUACGAAGGAAGACAUCCUUUUAGUCAAGGAUAAAAUUAACGCUGAAGCUGCGAACCUGGAUCCGACAGCCAAAGAGGAUAUUCUGUGUGAUCCUAUACUCUUUGGUGAGUACAAAACCGCCCUAAAGGAAGAGGAAGCACCCUAUUACGAAGAUGUGGGAGACUAUAACACAGCUAGAGAAAUCUUUUCCGAUAUAGAAGAAAAGCGAUCAAAGUACUCAAAAUUGAUUCUUUUCGACGACGCUCUGGAGCAUUUGAGUCGUCUUCACAGAAUAAUAAGUACAACAGGUGAACAUGCCCUGUGUGUAGGUGUCAGUGGGACUGGAAAGGCCGCUCUUGUUGAAUUGGCUGCUUUUGCUGCUGGGUGCGAGGUGUUUCGGAUAACCCCACGCCGAAAUUAUGCAGAAACCGACUUCCGAGAAGAAAUUAAGACUCUAUACUUGCGAUUGGUGCAGGAGAACAAAAAGAUCGUUUUUCUGGUUCUUGAAGACGAUAUAGUUGAUGAGAAUAAUCUGGUAGGUGUUUUGGAAGUUAUUAAUCGUAUGUUAGUCGGCAUGGAUGCCAAUUUGCUGUUCUCCGAAGAGGAACGUGAGACCAUUGCUAGUGAUAUGCAGCAGGAAGCAAUGGAUGCAGGAAUUGAUGGCUCAAGAGAAGGCAUUUGGAGGUAUCUUUCACAGAAAGCAGACCAAAGCCUUCACAUUAUUUUAACCAUGAGUCCUGUUGGAAACGCUUUGAGAAGGCGUUGCAUGAAUUUCCCUGGACUCUUAAAUAACACGACGAUUGACUGGUUCUUUGCCUGGCCAGAAGAGGCCCUCUACACGGUGGCAAAAACAAUCCUCUGUCCUGACAACCAGCUCAUUCCUGCAGCUCACUACGACACACUCAUCGACCAUGUAGUCCAUGUUCACCGCUCAGUGGAGCAGUACACGGUGGAGUUUGUGGAAAAGUGGAAGAGGACCAAUUAUGUCACCCCCAAACACUUUCUUGAUUACAUUGGUAACUAUCUGAAAUUGCUUUUAGAUAAUGAACGGUCUAAAGUAGCCCUUUGUGAGCGCUUUGUUAAAGGCGUUACAAAGCUUGAAGAUGCAGCAGUUCAGGUCAAAGAACUCAAUGAAAAGCUAAUGACACAGCGAAUGGCCCUGGCCCAAAAUACAGAAGCAUGCGAAGCUCUCUUAAAAAAUAUCACACAAAAUCAGAUUCUCGCCACUGAGAAACGGACACAGUCCGAGCAAAAGGCCAAAGAGAUGGAGACCCAAUCGAAGGCGAUUGAGCAAGAAAAGGCAGCAGCAGAAAAUGCUCUAGCUGAAGCCUUACCAGCGCUUGAACAAGCUCGGGCUGCACUGGGCGAGCUGGACAAAAACGAUGUGACGGAGAUACGCUCCUUCGUCAAGCCUCCCCGGCCAGUUCAAGUGGUGUCGGAGUGUAUAUGCGUGUUUAAGGGAUUACCCGAAGUCUCCUGGAAAGCGGCUAAAGGCAUGAUGGCCGAUGCCAACUUUUUGCAGUCCCUUCAAACGAUGGAUGUCGAUGGUAUAGGACCGAAACAGUUGGCUUCCGCCAAAGAGCGCUUGGGCGCCUCAAAACUCGGUAUGGAGCAAAUGCAAUCGGUGAGCCGGGCUGGAGCUGGUUUUUUGAGAUUUGUUAGUGCGGUCUUGUGCUACUGUGAAGUCCUUAAGGAUGUUCGCCCAAAGCGUGAAAAAGUUGCAAAGCUGGAGAAGUUAUUCGCGCAGGUAAUCAAACCUUCACAUCUCUUUUCAAACGGGCGCGAUUUAGAGCGCAUGAAACACGAACUCGCAAAAGUGGAGGAGGACAUCAAAAAACUGGACAAAGAAUAUUCCACAGCCAAGACAGAGCAUGUGGCUUUGCAAGAGGAGACUGCAAUCAUGGAGCGACGUUUGGCUGCUGCUGACAAGUUAAUCAACGGUCUCAGCUGCGAGAGCGUUCGAUGGAGGAUGGAAGCGGACACGCUUUGUGAGGCACGUCGACACCUUGUGGGAGAUUGUCUUGUCUCGGCCGCAUUCCUCACAUACACCGGAGCCUUCUUCUACAAUCUCCGACAUCGCAUGCUCCACGAUGAUUGGAUCCCAGACCUCCAGAACCGUAAAAUACCCCUGACCAAACCUUUCAGUCUGGUUCAUCUCCUCACGGACGAGGUGACUGUGACAAACUGGAAGGACGCUGGUCUACCAGGAGAUGAUUCAGGUGUUCAAAAUGGGAUUCUUACUAUGCGGGCCUCGAGGUUUCCCAUUCUCAUCGAUCCACAACAACAGGCAUUGAAGUGGAUAAAGCGGUUGGAGGAGAAUAAUAGUCUAAGAGUAGCCACCUUCAAUGAUCCAGACUUUUUGAAAUCCCUCGAGUUAUCAAUCAAGUUUGGGACACCAUUCCUGUUUGAAAAUGUUGGGGAAUACAUCGAUCCCAUUAUCAAUAAUGUACUAUCAAAAAAUAUUCUGAGGGAUAGGAAUCGAUACUUUGUCAUGCUGGGUGACAAGGAGGUGGAAUAUGACUGGAAUUUCCGCCUCUACCUCAAUACAAAACUGCCGAAUCCUGCGUAUGGACCCAAGCCAUUCGGCAACGCGGUUGUCAUUAAUUACACCAUAACAGAGGAAACACUGGAAAAUCAACUUCUGGGAGUCAUAGUAAAACAUGAGCAAAGUAGUUUGGAGGAAAAGAAAACAUUGUUAAUACAUACUAAGAGCGAGAACAGGCGAAUUCUGAAGGACCUGGAAGAUAGCCUACUGAUGAACCUGACCCUCAGCACUGGCAACCUGUUGGAUAACGAGGAAUUGGUUAACAUAGUAGAGGUGACCAAGGCGAGGGCGAUAGAAGCACAGGAGAAGCUAGCCCUCACAGCCAAGACGGCAGCGGAGGUGGAGCAGCUGAGCAACGCCUACCGAUCAGCAGCCAAACGGGGUGCUUUGCUCUUCUUCGCUCUCACCGAUAUGGCCACCGUUAACCCCAUGUACCAGUUUGGGCUGUCCGCCUACAUCUCGCUUUUCGAAGGUACUCUGCACAGGAGCAUACCAGACACGGUUUUGGGAAAACGGCUAGGCAAUAUAAAUUCUACGCUGACAGAAGUUGUCUACAAUUAUGGAUGUACUGGUUUUUUUGAACGUCACAAGCUGCUAUUCAGCUUUCAAAUCAGCUUAAAGUUGCAAGCAGAGGCAGGGCGUGUAAGCCAAGCCGAAGUUGACUUUUUUACCAAAGGGGAUGUUUCAGUUGGAAAAAUGACUGAGCGCUGUCCAAUAGCAUGGCUCACAGACACCAAAUGGAGGGAUAUUCGGCGCCUGGAAGAGGUCCUUCCCUCUUCCUUCGUAGGAUUGAGUAAAAGUCUGGUAGAAAAUCAAAAACAAUGGAAAAAGGUAAGGUUAUUCAUGCCAUCCCAACGCUUCAUCUUUUAUCAGUUUGAUUUUGAUAAUCCAUAUUUUGUUACACAGUGGUUUUCCCUCAAUUCGUUGGAAUGUGAGCCACCUCCGUAUUUUCAAGACGUUUCUGACUUUCAAAAGCUCUGCCUGCUCCGCUGCUUCCGUGUGGAUCGGGUGUGUAGAGCCGUAGAAAUUUUCGUCGCAAACACUCUGGGUGAACACUUUCUGACCUUACACGGGCCAAGUUUGUCUUCCGUUUACGAACAGAGUAAACCAGAAACGCCCAUUAUAUUUAUCCUCAGCCCCGGUUCUGAUCCAACUGAAGGUUUAAAAAAGCUUGCAGAUAAAUCCCUCAGUUUGAAUGCCUCCAGUAACAUUAUAUUCCUCUCCAUGGGCCAAGGUCAGGAGAGCUCUGCAAUGAAGCUCUUUAAAACUGCUUCAUCCAAGGGUUCCUGGCUUGUACUACAAAACUGCCACCUUCUGGUGAAGUGGAUUCCGACGCUAGAAAAGGCAAUUGAAACCACGAAACAGUUCCAUCCAACUUUUCGACUCUGGCUUACGACUGAAUCCACAUCAGACUUCCCGAUUGGGUUUCUUCACCAUUCGUUUAAGGUUGUAACCGAGCCGUUGGUCGGACUCAAGAGGAACUUGCGCUGUACAUUUUUAGAAAUUCCAGCCUCCAUAUUUGCUGAAAAUCCAUAUCCGGAGUUUCCAGUAUUGGCAUACACACUCACCUUCUUCCACGCUGUCGUUCAAGAGCGUCGGCAGUACGGCAAGUUAGGUUGGAACGUUGUCUAUGACUUCAAUCUAUCGGACUUCCAGGCAAGUCUGACAGUGAUUGCGGAUCAGCUGAAGUCGUCUAGAGACAAAUCCGGUUUACCGUGGGGUAGUCUACAAUACCUCAUAGAGGAGAUCAUGUACGGAGGUCGAGUUAUGGAUAAAUUUGAUCAACGUGUUCUCCAUACUUAUAUGAAUGAGUACUUUGGGGACUUCCUCUUUGAUACCUUUCAACGCUUCCACUUCUUCAUUAAUGAGGAGUUGACUUACGCUCUCCCUUCUGAUACUUCAAGAGAAGGCAUUCUAAGGUACAUCGACACACUGCCAACGAACAACUCGCCCGAGGUACUGGGUUUGAACCCCAACGCAGAAAUCAACAGCUUCACAAGCAAAGCUCACAAACUCUGGUCCUAUCUGCUGGCCCUGGGUUGUGAGGGUGAGAGCGGCAGCAAUGCUGCCACGACAGCAACGGCUCAAACCACCCUGACCAUCGAGGUCGCAGAGAAAGUGCUUCAAUCUCUGCCACCUCCCUUCGACAGAGAGGCCAUUAGGGAGGCCUUUAAGGAAAAGAUGACUCCUACUACUGUUGUACUUCUACAGGAGCUGGAACACUUCAAUAGCCUAGUCCUCCAAAUGCAAUCCACCUUGAGCCAUUUGAAGCAGGCGAUGUCUGGCGAGGUGGCUCUCACUAGUGACCUGGAGCAAUUGGCGGUUUCCCUCUGCAAUGGUCAGUUGCCUAGCCUUUGGCGCACCUUUGCUCCUGACACGAAGAAGUCCCUGGCUAAUUGGCUAACGCAUUUACAUCGGAGAACAGAGCAGUACAAGGCGUGGACCACCUCUGGUGAACCCAUCGUCAUCUGGCUAUCGGGCCUCCACGUGCCCGAGUCGUACCUCUCCGCAGUCGUCCAGUCAGCCUGUCGCCGCAACGCCUGGCCCCUUGAUAAGAGUGUCAUUGUUACCACAGUUACCGAAUACACCGAUGAGGAGGCAGUGGAAGAUAGGAGCCUAGCAGGCUGUCUUCUGAAUGGUCUCUUUCUUGAGGGAGCCAGUUGGAACUCCCGCAUCGGUCGACUGUGUCUACAGGCACCACGCCAACUCAUUCAACCCCUACCACUCCUGAAUGUGAGUGUGAUGGAGAGUCGUCGCGCAAAAAGGCACUCCACCUUGCUGACACCAGUCUACGUCACUUCGGCGAGGGCCGAUGCUGGUGGAAAGGGUCUUGUAUUUGAGGCCGACUUGGCCAUCGGCGAGGAACGCGAUGCUAGUCAUUGGAUACUUCAGGGUGUUUGUCUCCUGCUGAAUGAUGAUUGA